CGUUCAUUUGCCCGGCAAAUUUUGUAAACAUUUCUGUAACUCGUGACGUUGUGAUCAGUGUGAUAAUGUAGUGAUGUAACUGUAAGGCCAAUAUUUGAUCCUUUUUUGCGCUUUCCAGUUCACAUUUCGAACACAUUUCAACAUGUAGUGAUCAACACUUGACCAAAAUGUCUGACCAACCGCCGUCUGAUGUACAUGUAGCCUCCAUCAACAGGCUCAAGUUAGCAGUAGCCACUGCUGUCAUCCGCUGUAAAGCAAGUCAUGUGACAGCAAAGGAAUAUGCACAGAGCCUUGGGCAGAGCCUAAGGAAAAACGAGUCGGACUGGAAGGACCAAGCUCGCAAGCUUGAGGCGGAGUUACUGAGGACGAGACAGGAGUUGGCUACAGCUCGGCUGAGAGAGGCGAGACAAGAUCAAGAGCAAGAUGAUAUGGAAUGGGACAUGGAUGAGAAAGAAUCUAACCAAGGGAACGUGGCGUUGCAAUCUUCAGCAGCUUGUCCUGACUUUGCUUUCCCAACGCCCCCAUCCUCCAUACCGAAUGAGCAACCAUCUCAGAACAAUCUUGAAAAUCAUCUCCGGUCAAGCACUCAAUUCCUACACAGCAUGAUCAGACUGAAAUCGCUCCCUGAAUCAACGGAGUAUGAUUCCCUACCCGUGGAUGCAUUGCGUACGGUGAAGGAUUCUGCUCUCCGUGCCUUGGAGUACCUUGGGAGUUACGCAUCCAGCCAUUUGCACGAUGAUGGGUUGCCAUGGAAACUGAUGAAUGAUGCUGUGAGAGGGGUCGUCAAGACCCUUGAGCAUUGUACUGAGGAGGAGAUUCGUCGGGAGAUUGUCCAAGGAGCCUUGGAACUUGUGGAGAAACUACUAGAGUUGAUGUUGCAUAACAAGCGCCUCAAUGAUCAUUUGACCCAGCGUCAGCUCUGCUGCCUGGUCGUCUCCUUGGCAACUUCAACGAUCCUUGCCCCUCUUAUCCUCCAAAGAAUUCUCCCUCACAUCCAAGCUGCAGCUGCUAUGCUUCGUUGCUCCAUCAAUACCACCAGCUUUGAUCCUACCCUGUACGAGAAUAGCUUCUUCCUGCUGUCUAUGAUGGAAGAUAUCCUGCUUUUAUCCAGGACUGCACCAUCGGUGCACAACAGGGGUGAUCACAUGAAGAGGGCAUUAAUGGAAGUGGGUGAGGGACUGGACAGUUGCUUGCUGCACAUUUCUGAGGAUUUUCCGCUAUUCAGCCAGCAGAUUUGGAGGGUAGUUAAUAUUCUUGAGUGGAUCAUAUCAACAAAGACUGAAGGAUAGGUUCUAAAGCAGCGAAAUGGGUCAAGCACAUGCAAUAUAAAGAAAGUCUUCUUGCUUGCAAAUGAUGGUGCACUUCAGUAAUAAACUGAUGUAUAGUAACAAUUCUCAUGAACUGAACAUAAAAGAAAAGAUCAGGCACAACUGUCAAUUUGAAAUUUUAGGUUUUCAUCAUCUCCAUUUUUACUUCCACCCUGAUUUUUUAGGUCAUUAAACAGUUGAUGAUUCUUAAUAUUAAG